CAGAACUUCGAAGGAUACGAGAAGAGCCAGAACCAAAACGUAUCGGUGGGUCCAUGGGGAGGGCAAGAAGGAGCAAGGUGGGACGAUGGUGUGUACAACAGUGUAAGACAGAUGGUGAUAACCCAUGGUGCUGCAAUUGACUCCAUUCAGAUUGAGUAUGAUGAGAAAGGUUGUUCCAUCUGGUCAGACAGGCAUGGUGGAACUGGUGGCUGGAGAACCGACAAGAUCAAGCUUGAUUUUCCACAAGAAUACCUAGUUUCCAUUACUGGUUACUAUGGUUGUUUAACACAAUGGGGUCCCAUUAUAAUUCGAUCACUUUCAUUGGAAAGUAAUAGGAAAAAAUAUGGUCCCUUUGGUACCCAAGAAGGAACACAAUUCUCUUUCUCUAUUACAUCCGGUAAGAUCAUCGCCGGAUUUUAUGGCCGGUCCAGUUCGUAUCUUGACUCAAUCGGAGUUUACUUGAAGCCUCUCCACCAACAAAAUCCAUCCAAACCUCCAUUACCAUCACCCAACAUUGUUGGCUAUACAGUAACCCAAGAAAGUACUGUACAGGAAACCUACGACGUAGUGCUUACCAAUCAGUUCUUCGGUGGUAACGAUUGUAAUCUCAAGGUGCAAGUCCCUUACUAUACUGAGAAAGAAUCCUCUAGAUGGCCUGUGAAGUGUGGACCUUGGGGAGGUGAUGCUGGGAUGACCUUCGACGAUGGAGUCUAUACAGGUGUUCGAGAAGUUCACAUAGUGCGUAAUGGUGGCAUUGUUUACAUUAAAGCUUGUUAUGAUAGAAAUGGGCAAGCCAUUUGGGGGAAUAGAAAUGGUGGAAAGACUGGGCUCAGACUUGAUAAGGUAGUAUUUGAUUAUCCUUCAGAAAUCUUGACCCACAUAAGUGGCUAUUACGGGUCGACUAUCUUCAUGGGACCUACAGUGGUUAAGUCUCUCACAUUUCACACAACAAAAAGGAAGUACGGACCAUUUGGAGAUGAACAAGGGAUUUCCUUCUCUUCAGGCUCCAAACAAGGGAAGAUCGUGGGGUUCCAUGGGAGUAAAGGAUGGUUUGUGGACAGCAUUGGUGUUCAUGUUCUUGAAGGGAAUUUUUUGAUUCCGCGACCUCUCAGCAUUGGUAUUCCUAAGGUAGCUGGACAAGGGCCAUGCAUUGGGGAAGGAAGUAAGCCAUGGGGUGGUGAUGGAGGUCAGCCAUGGGAUGAUGGAGCUUUUUCUGGUGUAAAGCAGAUUUAUUUGAUAAAAGGCGACGCCAUUUGCUCGAUACAGAUCGAGUAUGAUUUGAAUGGACAAUCUAUCUGGUCUUCUAGACAUGGAGGUGGAGGUGGAUACAACACCCACAAAAUGAAAUUUGAAUACCCACAUGAAGUCCUAACUCGCAUCGGUGGUUACUAUGGACCCAACCCAGUUGAUGCGUAUACAAAAGUAAUAAGGUCACUCACUUUUUAUACCACUAGAGCAAGGUAUGGUCCCUUUGGGGAGGAGAUUGGAACCUUUUUCAGUUCUUCAACAGAAGGAAAAGUGGUUGGAUUUCAUGGUAGAAGUGGCUGUUACCUAGAAGCAAUUGGAGUCCAUAUGCAACACAGUUCAGUUGAUCAACAAGGUCUGGUGAAGGCAGUGUUCAACAAAAUCUUUAAUUGAUCUUCAUGAACAUGUG